AGUCUCAGCGGCUGCUCAGCUUCCACCGUGGUGGGGCCGUGGCCUGGAGGGGUGACCAGGGUGGGACAGUGUUCCCUUGUCAGCAGCCGGACGCCCACAGGGCAUGGAGCCCUUCCUCAGGAAGCGGCUGACCUUCCUGUCCUUCUUCUGGGACAAAGUCUGGCCUGUGAGAAAGCCAGGCGGUAGCAUUCCCAGGCCUGCAGAUCCUGCCACUGACCUGGGGCCAGGGUCCUCUGCCUCCAUGGAGCCCUGCAGCCACUUGGCACAAGGCAAGCAGCUCUAUAUUGCACUGUCUGACUUCACUGCACGGUGCGCAGAGGAGCUGACUGUAAGCCACGGGGAACAGCUCUACGCCCUCAAGGAGGAGACCCACUACAUCUUUGCCUGCAGGCUCUCAGGCAGGCCUGGGACUGGGCUCGUGCCCAUCACUUGUGUCACCAGGGCCACGGAGGCACUCACAGACCAACCCUGGUUCUUCGGCGGGACCAGCCGGACACAGGCCCAGCAACUGCUCCUCUCCCCUGACAACACACUAGGAGUCUUCCUUGUGCGGCCCAGUGAAAGUAGCUUUGGGGGCUACUCGCUGUCAGUCCGAGCCCAGGCCAAAGUCUGCCACUUCCGAAUCUCCAUGGCAGCUGAUGGCAGCUUCUACCUGCAGAAGGGCAGGCUCUUCCCCAGCCUGGAGGAGCUGCUCACCUACUACAAGGCCCACUGGAAGCUCACUCAGCUUCCAGUACUGCAGCCCUGCGUGCUCCAGAAUCCCCUGGAACAGGACUAGUGGGAGCGGUCGCGCUCUGAGUUUGCUCUUCGGAGAAAGCUGGGUGAAGGCUGCUUCGGGGAGGUGUGGGAAGGCCUGUGGUGAGGCUCCAUGCCUGUGGCCAUCAAGGUCAUCAAGUCAGGUGAGCUGUGCCCUCUCCUGCAGCUGGCUGACCUAGCCAAGGAGAUCCAGACGCUGAAGAGCCUGAGACACGAGCAGCUCAUCCAGCUGCAUGCGGUGUGCUCGGCCAGGGAGCCCGUGUACAUUGUCACCGAGCUCAUGCACAAAGGCAGCCUGCAGGCCUUCCUGGGCAGCCCUGAGGGCCAGGCCCUGAGCCUCACCCUGCUGCUGAGGUUUGCCUGCCAGGUGGCUGAGGGAAUGAGCUACCUAGAGCAGCAGCGCAUCGUGCACAGGGACCUGGCUGGCAGGAAUGUGCUUGUGGACAACGUCCUUGCCUGUAAGGUGGCUGACUUUGGCCUGGCCCGGUUGCUCAAGGACGACAUUUACUCCCCGAGCAGCGGCUCCAAGAUCCCCAUCAAGUGGACGGCACCUGAGGCGGCCAGCUACUGGGUGUUCUCUCAGAAAUCAGAUGCCUGGUCCUUUGGUGUCCUGCUGUACGAGGUUUUCACCUAUGGCCAGUGUCCCUAUGAAGGAAUGACCAACCGCGAGACAUUGCAGCAGGUCAUGCGUGGGUACCGCCUACCCCGCCCAGCUGCCUGCCCCAGGGAGGUCUAUGCACUCAUGCUGGACUGCUGGAGGGCCAGCCCGGACGAGCGGCCUACCUUCACAGCACUGCAGGAGAAGCUGCACACCCUCCACCAGUGCCUCCCCCAGGUCCCACCAUGACCAGAGCCUGGACCCUGGACACCCUUGGGUCUGUGGCAAGAGUUUGUUUGCUUUC